UCACAGCUUGGGAUAUGGCUUCAUGGCUCUUAGCUUUGCCCUAGUGGGCAUUGCCACCUCUGCUUUCUACUUCACAAAUCUAUUGACGUGUGCCAAAAUCUACCCUAAGAGUAAGGGAUUGAUAAUUAGUGCCCCGGUGACCUGUUAUGGGCUAUCUUCAUUAAUCGGUGCCCAGCUCUUGAAGUUGACAUUCUUAAAGAACUCUAGAGGUGAAUUAAAUCUAUCAAAGGCUUUCACACUAUUCAGCAUCUUAUACCUGAUACUGGGAAUCUUUAACUGGUUCAGCUCAAGUGUCGUCACGAUCGAAAAGAACAUACUGUUGAAGAAACAGGACAAUGAGGAAUCACCUCUCUUGACAAGUGAGACAUAUGAAGAAAACACUGAAGGCGAAGACGGAGACGACGACCUAGUUGAGCAUCAUCGUGAUAAGUUUAUGAGAUUCCUGAAAGACAUCUCAGCUUAUCUCCUACUUGUGUGUGUCUUCUUCACAAUCGGACCUUGUGAGAUGUACAUCACAAACAUGGGGUCUUUAAUCAACACGAUCUCUCCAGAUUCAUCAAUAUCAAACCAGGUAUCUGUCCAUGCAUUCUUCUCAACAUUUGCACGUCUGUCUUUAGGUGCACUAUCUGAUCUGCUGGCUUCAAAGUAUUCCAUCUCUAGGGUAUGGAUUCUCCUAUGCCUCCUGCUGCUAGGACUUGCCACGCAGUUGUUCAUCGCAUUGGACAUAUUUGCAACGCAUAACUUCUUUAUGAUCUCCAUGUUAUCUGGAUUCCUAUACGGAGGGCUGUUCACUCUGUUUCCAACCAUUGUUCUAUCGAUAUGGGGAAGUGAAAUAUUUGGUUCCGUGUAUGGUUUUUAUAUGCUGAGUCCAGCUUUGAGCUCAAGUCUCUUUGGCAUGAUCUUUGGUCUUGUUUACGAUGCCAAAUGUUGGACCGUUGAUACAGGUUCAUCCUUGCUCACGAGCUGUAUAAGCCCCGUAUUCUGGACAACGUCGUUGAGUUUUGUCAUUAGCAUUGCGUUUCUGAUUUCUGCAUGGAGGCUAGUUUGGGUUAAAAGACUACAAGUCUAGCCGUUAUUAACAAAAGGGUUGUGAUAGCAUUCUAUUAGAGAUAUUAAUAUUAAUAAGCUUCA